AUGGGUUACUUAAUUGAUGAAAGCCAAUCUGCCUUUGUCAAAGGAAGACAAAUCUCUACCAAUAUCCUUCUUGCUAAUGAGAUUGUGAAUAAUUAUAACAGGAAGCAUAUCUCUCCUAGAAUUAUGUUGUGUAUUGAUAUUAAAAAAGCCUUCGAUACUAUUAACUGGGAUUUUCUAAAUGAGAUGCUAAAAGGUCUUGGGUUUCCUGCAAAUUUCAUCAACUGGAUUAUGGUUUGUAUCUCAUCUCCUAAGUUCUCUUUAUCAUUAAAUGAUACCCUUCAUGGUUAUUUCAAAGGUAAAAGGGGUCUAAGGCAAGGUGAUCCUAUCUCUCCAUACCUAUUUAUUUUGGGUAUGGAAUUUCUCUCAAGAAGACUAGAUUUUCUUAAGGAGAACAGAUCCUUUAAGUAUCACCCUGGAUAUGGCCAGUUUCAAUCCAGUUUGAAGAACAGAUUACUUUCUUAUGCAGGCAGAUUACAGAUUAUUAGAAGUAUUAUUCUUGGCAUUCAAACCUAUUGGUUAUCAAAUUACGUCCUUCCUGUUAAAGUCCUAAAGAAAAUAGAUGAAAUGUGCAGAUACUUCCUAUGGAGCAAAACUGAACACACUCAUAAGUUUUCUCUUAUAUCCUGGGAUAAGGUUUGUUUAGGCAGGAAGCAAGGUGGACUUGGCAUCUAUUCAGCCUUUUUAUGGAAUCUUGCUGCAACUUUAAGAACUCUUUGUGAUAUCUGGCACAUUCAAGCAAAAAGCAGAGAUUCUUGGAUGUGGAAAAGUAUCUUGAAAAUCAGAGAUAAGGCUCUGAGAACUUAUGGUGGUGCUGACAAUCUGAAGCACCUUAUUCAAAAUUGUGUCAGGAACUCAAAAAUUCAUCUCUCAGUGUUGUAUUCUGCUCUUUCUCCUACAGCUUCAGAUGUCCCGUAG